GCCUGUUCUGAAGAUCUCCACCUGUCUCUGAGGCACUAGCCGGGAGCUGGGCUUUCUUCACCAGCGCGUUGAUCUUCCCCAGGCGGCCCCUCAGCUCUGCAAGCGUCUCCUUGGAGGACCCCUGCUUGGAAGGAAGCAAGGCUCAGCUAGGGAGAGACCCCAUGAUCUGCCUCACCGAACAGUGGACUGGAUUUCUAGUGGAUAAGUGAAGUUAAAAAGCCUUGAACGGGGUGGAGAGCCCAUGGCUCCCAGGUAGCGUGGCUGAUGGUUGGGGAUAAAAAGCACUGGAAUUCAACAUCCGGAAGACCGCAAUUGCCUCUCCCUGGCUUGGUGGGACUUCUUGGGCCACCCCCCUUAGCCCUCCUUCUGCAUUCCACUGGCUGCAAUGGCACAUCUUUCUUUGCAUUUAAUUGUUGAAUUAAUGGAAGGCACGGGACCUUGGGCAACUUAAAAGUAAAGCGAAAGAUGCAUUCCCUCGGCGACACGCUGCAGAAGCCUCCCCGUGACUGUCACGCACACUCGACAAUUUUCCACGGUUACUUUUAACAUGCAUCUCCUGGACAAGCCGCCCCGAACUGUUCCAUGAGGAUCAAAGCGGUAAUGAAGCCGCCUUAAAGAACGAGGGUUUGAUCUUCACACCCCCCCAGAGGCACCGAGCGGCUAAAUGCAGGCGUGUGCCAGCUUACCGCGCAUGGGAACACCGCGGUGGAAUGUGCGCGCUUAAUGCCAAGGGGCCCAAAGCUCAGUCUGUGGCACCUCUGUUUCGAAAUGAAUCGUGAAGGAGGCGAGGGGGGAAAACCCUUCUUGGCUUGGAACCCUGGAAGGUUGCGGGCAAUCCGAGUAAAUACUGGAUUAAGCGAAAAGUUUGUUCCAGAAUUAAGCCCUGAAAUAGAUUCUGGAUCUAAGCAAUGGGAAGGUUUGAAGAUCAGUGCCUGUCCAAACCAAGGCUUGGAGGAUGCAGUAUUGAAUCUGACUCUUGGCCAGAAGAGAGACAGGCAAAUUUUCCUGCUGUCAGAACUCAGAUUACCUCUUCUUGCCAUUCAGCCUGCCUGCUCCGCUUCAACGGCCUCUCCCUGGUGUAUCUGCUCUACCUCCUGCUCUUGCCAUGGUUCCUGGGCCCCACGGAGCACAGCAUCAAAGGUCACACGGGACGGCUCCUUCGCGCCCUCCUGGGGACCAGCGUUCUUUUCCUCCUGGCCCAUCUGGUCUUCCAGAUCUGCCUGCACACUGUACCCGGCCUGGACGAGCUGCUGGGACGCAACUGCAGCACCUGGGAAAUGCUUGCCCAGCACAUUGGGGUCACAAGGCUGGACCUAAACGACAUCCCCAAUUCAGUCCGCUUGGUGGCCCCCGACCUUGGGAUCCUGGUGGCCUCUGCCGUCUGCCUCCGCGUUUGCAGCCACCUGGAGCCGAAGCGGAAAGAGGCGGCCGGGAGCUGCAGGUUAGAAUCCAGCCGGCUCCACGAACAGGAAGAAGCGGUGGAUGAGGCCCCGCCGAGCCCCACGGCUUCCGCGUGCGCCCCGGCCGAGGGCUCCGCGAGGCAGCGGGUGCGGCUGGCGGCCGAGCUCCGGAAAACCGCCCACUGGCUCUUGAUCGCUGCGGGAAAACUCCUGGCCAUGGUGCUGCUUGCACUGGCAGGGAUCACCUUGCCCUCCGCCUUCUCCAGUGUGUACUACCUGCUGUUCGUGGCCCUCUGCACCUGGUGGGCCUGCCAUUUCCCCGUCAGAGACGUGGCCGUCACCACCUUGUGCGUGGUGGUGGGUGUCUUCGCCGGAGGCCACCUCAUCUGCCUCUAUGCCUACCAGACCCCCUUCGCGCAGGAGCUCUUUCCACCUGCCGGCCUCUGGGCACGGCUGUUUGGCCUGAAGGCCAUCGUCCUGCACGGGGGCUGCGGCAGGCCCAACGUGCUGGUGCUGAACGACGGCCUGCCCUGGCCCAUCUACGCCAACCCCGGGAUCCUGCUGCUGCUGAGCUACGUGCUGGCCAGGCUGGUCAGGUUCCAGCAGUUGUACUCCAGCGAGCAGCAGAGGGAUGCCGUGAGCUCAACCUCAGACUCGGUGGAGAUGGAGAACUGGUCCAUGGAGCGAGACGGCCUGGCCGAAGACGCGAAGCCCAUGCUGGACGAGGCCGAAGGCGCCGCUGGCAAUGCUGAGGACUCCGCCUCCGCCGUGCACGUGUGCAGAGAGGCCGGCCAGCCAGUCGGCAGGAAACGGGCGCGUCACAAGGAGAGGCCGGCGCUGCUGCAUUCGCUGGGCCACAUGGUCAUGGACCAGAGCUACGUCUGCGCCCUGAUCGCCAUGAUGGUGUGGAGCAUCACGUACCACAGCUGGCUCACCUUCGUGCUGCUGCUCUGGGCCUGCCUCAUCUGGAUCGUGCGCAACCGGCACCACUUCGCCAUGCUGUGCUCGCCCUUCAUCCUCCUCUACGGCAUCGCCCUCUGCAGCCUGCAGUACGUCUGGGGCAUGGACUUGGAGCCGGAGCUGCCUGCCAGGGUCGGCUUCAUGCCCCUGCAGCAGCUGGGGCUGGUGCACCCCCCCUACCCCUGCCUCUACCUCGGAGCCAAGCUCCUCUACACCCUGACCUUCUGGCUCCUCGUGCGACAAUUCGUGAAGGAGAAGCUGCUGAAAAGGAAGCAACCGCCCACACCGCUGAUGGAGGUGACGGUUGGGGACGCAGGUCCGGGCCGCAAGCGGGACGUGCUGAAGGUCCUGGGGGCGUACGUGACGGGCUUCUACGCCAAGUUCUGGAUCUUGGUCUGUGCCGGCAUGUUCAUCGUCGUCAGCUUUGCCGGACGCCUGGUGGUCUACAAGAUCGCGUACAUGUUCCUCUUCCUCCUCUGCCUCGCCCUUUUCCAGGUGUACUACAGCCUCUGGCGGAAGCUCCUGAAGGCCUUCUGGUGGCUCGUGGUGGCCUACACCAUGCUGGUGCUCAUCGCGGUGUACACCUUCCAGUUCGAGGACUUCCCCAUGUACUGGCGCAACUUCACGGGGCUGACGGACGAGCAGCUGGGCGACCUGGGCCUGGAGCAGUUCAGCGUCUCGGAGCUUUUCUCCAGCAUCUUCAUCCCGGGCUUCUUCCUGCUGGCCUGCAUCUUGCAGCUGCAUUAUUUCCACCGCCCCUUCAUGCGCAUCACCGACCUGGAGGACGUGCUCGCGCCGGGGCCGGGUGGCCCGCAGCCGCUCGGGGGCGACGAGGCUAGCGGAAGCGAGUUGCUGUUGCAUCCAGAGAAUGGAGAGGCAGAUGAGCAUGAACCAGAAGGAGCAGCCGAUGCCACCUCUGAAGGGGGGGCGCCCAGCAAGUGGGGGCUGGUGCUGGAGCGCCUGAUGGUGCUGGGGGCGAGGUUCUCCGACAUCGUCAGCCGCGUCCGCGUCUUCGUGCUGCGGCUGCUGGAACUGCACGUCCUCAAGCUGGUGGCGCUGUACAUCGUCUGGGUGGCGCUGCAGGAGGUGUCGGUGAUGAAUUUCCUCCUGGUGGCGCUGUGGGCCAUCGCCCUUCCCUACAGCCGGUUUCGCCACAUGGCCUCCUGCCUGUCCACCGUCUGGGUUUGCGUCAUCAUCGUCUGCAAGAUGCUGUACCAGCUGAAGAUUGUCGACCCUCAGGUGUACGCCAGCAACUGCACUGAGCCGCAGCCCAACAACACCAACCUCUUGCCAGAGGAGAUUGGCAACUCCACCCUCUACCAGGGCCCCGUCGACCCGGCCAACUGGUUCGGCAUCCGGAAGGGCUUCCCCAACCUGGGUUACAUCCAGAACCACCUGCAGGUGCUGGUCCUGCUGGUUUUCGAGGCCGUCGUGUACCGCUGCCAGGAAUACUACCGCAAGCAGCACCAGCUGGCGCCUCCGCUCACCCACACCAUCUUUGACGAGGCCACGCACCAGAACGUGGACAGCGGCCUGAGGAGCUGCGUGAAGUACUUCCUCAACUACUUCUUUUACAAGUUCGGCCUGGAGAUCUGCUUCCUGAUGAUGGUGAACGUGAUCGGCCAGCGCAUGAACUUCAUGGUGAUCUUCCACGGCUGCUGGCUGGUCGUCAUCCUGACUCGCCGGCAGCGGCAGGCCAUCGCCCGGCUCUGGCCCAAGUACUGCCUCUUCCUGGUGCUCUUCCUGCUUCUCCAGUACCUCCUCUGUGUCGGGAUUCCUCCGGUCCUCUGCCUGGACUACCCCUGGAGGUGGAGUGGCAGCAUCCCCGUCAACUCCGUCCUCAUCAAGUGGAUGUACCUCCCGGAUUUCUUCAUGAGGCCCAACGCCGUCAGUCUCAUGAGCGACUUCCUGCUCCUCCUGUGCGCCUCGCAGCAGUGGAAGGUCUUCGCGAACGAGCAGGCGGAGGAAUGGGUGCACCUGGCCGGGGACAACAGGGAGCAGCCGGAGCUGAAGCCGGGGGAGCCCAACCCCGUGCCCAACUUUGUCAACUGCAGGUCUUACCUGGACAUGCUGAAGGUGUGUGUCUUCCGCUACCUCUUCUGGCUCGUGCUGGUCAUCGUCUUCGUGGCGGGCGCCAACCGCAUCAGCGUCUUCGGCCUGGGCUACCUCAUGGCCUGCUUCUACCUGCUGCUCGUCGGCACCGCCCUCCUGCGCAGGCCGCGCCGCGCCCGCCUGGUGCUGUGGGACUGCCUGAUUCUCUACAACGUCACAGUCAUCAUCGCCAAGAACAUGCUGGCGCUCCUCUCCUGCGUCUUCGUCCAGCAAAUGCAGAGCAGCUUCUGCUGGGUGAUUCAGCUCUUCAGCUUGGCCUGCACAGUCAAGGGCUACUACGACCCCAAGGCUGUGGACAAGAGCCAGGACUGUGCGCUCCCCGUGGAGGAGGCCGGCAUCAUCUGGGACAGCAUCUGCUUCUUCUUCCUGCUGCUGCAGCGGAGGGUCUUCCUCAGCUACUACUUUCUCCACGUCAUGGCCGACCUCCAGGCCUCGGCCCUGCAGGCCUCCAGGGGCUUCGCUCUCUACAAGGCCAGGACGAUCAAGCGCAUGCGCUCCCAUCACCAGGCGGAGAAUAAGUCCUUGGCUCAGCUCAAGCGUCAGAUGGAGCGGAUCCGGGCCAAGCAGGAGAAGUACCACCAGGAGCAGCUCGCGAUGGACAGCAGAGAGGCUCCGGAGACAGACAAGCCAGAGGCAGGUGCCAAGAAGGACCGUUCCCACCAGAGGAAGCACUGGUGGCGCCCCUGGCAGGAUCACGCCACAGUGCUGCACUCCGGGGACUAUUUCCUGUUCGAGACGGACAGCGAGGAGGACGAGGAGUCGGUCCUGGAGGACCAGAAGCUGCCGAAGCAGAGCGCCUUUCAGCUGGCGUAUCAGGCCUGGGUGACCAACACCAGAUCCGCCCUGCGUGAGCGGCAGCGGCAGGAGCGAGCGGAGCGAGAGAUGCAGGAUGCUGAAGGUGAUGUGGAGGCCCGGCAGGUGGAACUGAAGGACCAGGCGGGCAGCAAAGAGGAGGAAGAGGAGGCAAGCGAGGAAGAAGAGGCUGUUCCAGGGAGGAGCACCGUGGUGCAGCGGGCGCUGAACAUGCUGCGCUUCGUCUGGCUGCUGUGCCAGGCCACGGUGGACGGGCUGACCCAGUGGCUGCGGGCCUUCACCAGGGAGCACGAGCACAUGUCCACCGUCCUGGGCCGGGAGCGCUUCGUCCUGACGCAGAAGCUCGACCAGGUCAGCCCCCGGCCUCCCCCCGAGGGUUGGGGCCACGCCUCUCCCCGCUGGGGGCUCACCCGGCUGUACCAGCCGGCGGCGGCAGACGGCUCCUCGAGCGACACGGCCUUGCCGGGCACGGCAGCAGGGUCUCCGGACAGCGCAGCCUCCAGUGGGUGCGAGAGAGUGGAGGUGCUCAGCAACGACACCACCGGCUACAACACCAGCGCCAGCGAGGAGCGCAUCCCUGCGCUGGGCUCCCCGGAGGACGGGGGCCUCCCUCCCAGCGGCUCCCAGGAGCCGCUGGCGGUGGACCCCGAGGCCCGGCCCCGCACGGCCAGUGAGCUGCUCUCCAUCAGCUGCGUCUCCUUCGAGGAGCUGGAGGAGUCGGAGAGCUUCUACCGCUCGCAGAACCGCUUCACGAAGCUGCUGCUGGCCUGGUACCGCUUCGUGGCCGCGCACUCGGACCUGCUGUGCUACUUCGUCAUCGUCCUGAACAACCUGGUGACGGGCUCGGUCAUCUCGGUGGUGCUUCCCAUCCUCGUCUUCCUCUGGGCCAUGCUCUCCAUCCCGCGGCCCAGCAAGCGCUUCUGGAUGACGGCCAUCGUGUACACGGAGGCGAUGGUGGUGCUGAAGUACCUCUUCCAGUUCGGCUUCUUCCCCUGGAACAGCUACACCGCCCUGGUGCGCUCCGAGGGCCGCCCCUUCUUCCCGCCGCGCAUCCUGGGCCUGGAGAAGACGGACAGCUACAUCAAGUACGACCUGGUCCAGCUGCUGGCGCUCUUCUUCCACCGCUCCCUCCUGCUGAGCUACGGCCUGUGGGACCAUGAGGAAGACGUCCUGGCCAAGCAGCCCGAGGCGGCGGAAGCCAGCGCGUCCGCGGAGAGCGUCGGGAAGGCAGAGUCUCUGGCUCAAGCCGAUGCCGAAGCAGGGGCCGCGGUGGUCCUGGAGGUGGAGGCGGAGCCGGAGGUGCCGAAGGGGAUCCGCUCACGCUUCGGGAGGAGAAAGGACAAGAAGAAGAAGUGGAGCAAGGCUCCGAAAGAGGAAGAGGAGGAUGCUGCAGCAGAGCAAGGCGAAUGUCAGGAAGAAGAGAAGAAGUCAAGCCCAGCGCAGGAGAAGCUGAAAGCUGCCGGACGCCGGGCGAAGCUCGUCUUGGAAUCCGCAGCAGGGCGUGCGCUCCAGCCCUCGCGGCAGUUCUUCCGGGACAUCCUCCACAGCAAGUACCGCGCAGCCACGGAUGUCUACGCCCUCAUGUUCCUGGCCGACGUGGUGGACUUCAUCAUCAUCAUCUUCGGCUUCUGGGCGUUCGGGAAACACUCUGCCGCGGCCGACAUCACCUCGUCGCUCUCGAAUGACCAGGUCCCGCAGGCCUUCCUGGUGAUGCUGCUCAUCCAGUUCUCCACCAUGGUGGUCGACCGAGCGCUCUACCUGCGGAAGAGCGUCCUGGGCAAGCUCGUCUUCCAGGUGCUGCUGGUCUUCGGCAUCCACAUCUGGAUGUUCUUCAUCCUGCCCGCCGUCACCGAGAGGAUGUUCAGCAUGAAUGCAGUGGCCCAGCUGUGGUACUUCGUGAAGUGCGUCUACUUCGCCCUGUCGGCCUACCAGAUCCGCUGCGGCUAUCCCACGCGCAUCCUGGGCAACUUCCUCACCAAGAAGUACAACCACCUCAACCUCUUCCUGUUCCAGGGGUUCCGCCUGGUGCCGUUCUUGGUGGAGCUGCGGGCCGUCAUGGACUGGGUGUGGACCGACACCACCCUCUCGCUGUCCAACUGGAUGUGCGUGGAGGACAUCUACGCGAAUAUCUUCAUCAUCAAGUGCAGCCGGGAGACGGAGAAGAAAUACCCACAGCCCAAGGGGCAGAAGAAGAAGAAGAUCGUCAAGUACGGCAUGGGGGGGCUCAUCAUCCUCUUCCUCAUCUGCAUCAUCUGGUUCCCGCUGCUCUUCAUGUCGCUCGUCCGCUCCGUGGUCGGCGUGGUCAACCACCCCAUCGACGUCACCGUCACCCUCAAGCUGGGCGGUUACGAGCCCCUGUUCACCAUGAGUGCCCAGCAGCAGUCCAUCAAGGCAUUCACCCCGCAGGACUACGAUGCCCUGACGCACCAGUUCGAGCGGCAGCCGUUGGCCAUGCAGUUCAUCACCCUUUACGGCUACGAGGACAUCGUCACAGCGCGCAUCGAGGGCAGCUCGGGCUCGCUGUGGAGCAUCAGCCCCCCCAGCCGGGAGCAGCUGCACCAGGAGCUCCAGAACAGCUCCGCCGACAUCACCUUGCGCUUCACCUGGAACUUCCAGAGGGACCUUGGCAAGGGGGGGAAGGUGGAGUACACUUCCGAGAGGCACACCAUGGACCUGAACCAGGAGAGCUCCGUGCGGAAACAGCUGGCGGCGCUGCUGCAGGGCACCCACGAUGCGCCCGUGAGAGUGCCCCACCUCAUCCCCCCUUACAUCCGUGCUCCCAACGGCCCGGAGGCAAACCCUGUGGGGCAGCUGCUAGAAGACGACGAGGACAGCUACCUGGACGUUGAGGUGCAGCUGAAGCAGCAGCGGCUGGGGCCCGGGACCGGCGGCGCCGGCUUCCUCGAGUGGUGGGUGAUCCGGCUGGCGGACUGCAAGCGGGACUGCCACUUCCUGCCCAUCGUCAUCUUCAGCGACAAGGUCAGCCCCCCGAGCCUGGGCUUCCUGGCAGGAUACGGGAUCAUGGGCCUGUACGUCUCCAUCGUGCUGGUGAUCGGCAAGUUCGUGCGGGGCUUCUUCAGCGAGAUCUCGCACUCCAUCAUGUUCGAGGAGCUGCCCUGCGUGGACCGCAUCCUCAAGCUGUGCCACGACAUCUUCCUGGUGCGCGAGACCGGCGAGCUGGAGCUGGAGGAGGAACUGUACGCCAAGCUCAUCUUCCUGUACCGCUCGCCUGAGACCAUGAUCAAGUGGACGCGCGAGAAGGAGUGAGGCGAGGCCACGGGCGCUGCACCAGAGACCGCCUCUCGGCCGUGGGAAGCAGCCUCCUCCAGCCACGGGGAGGGCCCGACGUGGACGUGGGGGGGGCCGCUGCACCGGACACCAAGCCACCUGUCCUCCUCUGCCCGGCUGAAGGCUCCCUCCGUGGGGCAGCCCUACCUCUGCGCCAGAUCGGUCGCCCCAUGGCUUGGGGGAAGGGGGAAAACUCAGUCACUUUUGGAAACAGGUUACCCGUUUUUAGUCAAAAAAAGGAGCGCGUGGGGUGUCUGGACAGGGUGGGACGUAAAGGGACAACUUCCCCCCUCGCACUCAAAACUCCCCGUUCCAAGGGGUGGGGGCUGCUGGGUGGGGUGCAGAGCACUGGCAGGCCACACGCAGAGCCCGGGCGCCAGCCUGCGGGACACCCCCCGCCCCGUCUUGCUCUCGCGCUGCCACGAGGGCUCCCCCAGCCAAGACGUCGCCAAGUGCCGCUCCCACACUGCAGGAGACGAGGGAGUGCGCGUGGAGUGCACAGACUUUUUUUUAAAGGAGGUGGUUUAUUUAUACAGAUCUAUAUAAUAAAAAUACAAAAAUAAAAA